AUGCGCUACACUCGCGAGCGGGACGCUAGGCGCAUCGUUCGCCAACCCUUUGAGUUUCAAAAUGAGCUCAUAGUGCUGUACGGCUUCACCGACACAAUCGACAGUGGUGACAUCUCGAUCAAGCUUCUCGACUGCUGGCCCCAUCUCGACCGGAAUGCUCGGAAGAAGAAAGGGUUGCUUGCAGAGUACAACCGCUACAACGACAUCAUCAAGCCCCAGCUCGAUUAUUUGAGUCAAUCGCGCUCGAAGCAGCAAUUCGAGGCGCUUUCCGCACUCAUUACUCAGAAUUGGGACGACUUUGGUGAAGGCGAGUAUGCGGCGUGGCUAGACACGGAAUAUCUUACAGAGCCAUGCCACCUGUGGUUCUAUACGGCCAGCGACGUUCCAGGAAUUAUUCCGAACCAGAAUCCGAUUGAAUCGCACCACCACAGCAUCAAGACUACUGCAGUGAAUCAGCUGCGGGCUUCAACAGGGCAUGUGCUUGCGUCGACUCUACCGAAAAUCCUGGUCGAGUGCGUGAUGGAAAUCGGGUCGGAGUCUAUCCAGCACUUUGCAGCUGGACCCGUUUCCGCAGAGGUUCUAGCAGCUGGUGUACUCCUCUGCAACGACGACAGCCAUUUCUCGACUCACCAGCGCAAGUCGCGCAGAGCAAUCUGCAACAUCCGGACGCAUUACUUCAACCAGAGAUACUCCAUCGUGACGGUGUUGGAUCGACUUCCGUAUGAGCGCGACUGGAACUCUCCGUUGUGGUCCCUGGAGGAGAUCAACACCAUCAGAAAAAAGGUCAAGUGUGACUGCAAAGAUUUCUACCAGACGGGGUGGCUGUGUGCUCAUGUACUAGGAUGCCUUCACCUCGUUGACAAUCUUGAUUUGGCGGUGAUGCGUCGAGGGCUCCCAGCUCGCAGUCCUCCCGGUAGACCGCGCAAGAAAAGCAAAUGCCUCCAGCGAGAUGGUGUGAGAACAUCCCAAUACUCCGUCGAUGCCCUGGUGAAACGACUUGUGGACAAGCCAGCAAGUGUUAUCAACUGGAGCGUGCUAAUCGAAAAGACAGUUGCCGAGGCGGAUGGCGAGGGGUCCCAGCGGGCCUAUGUUGGCAAGAUUAAACCCCCCUUCACUCGUGGAGGAAAGCGGUUCUGGGAGAUCGCGUACGAGGAUCAAGAUGAAGUGACUGUCCUGGAAGUUGAAGCUCUUGCAAGGACGAUCAAUUUCUCCUUCCAAAUGGGGCACAACAUUGUUCCCAACUAA